AUGAGUUCAAUUGGUUCUGGAUAUGAUGACUCCUGUUCGACGUUUUCUCCCGAAGGGAAGGUUUUUCAAAUCGAUUACGCUACAAAAGCUGUCGAGAACUCCGCAACAAGUGUAGCCAUUAAAUGUGUCGAUGGGGUUGUAUUUGGUGUCGAGAAGUUAAUCAUAUCGAAGAUGAUCAAAGAGUCCUCCAACAAGCGGAUUUUCUACAUCGGAACACACAUCGCCGUCACGUGUGCCGGGUUUCUCCCCGACGCUCGAAAAUUAGCAAAGAAAGCUUCCGAAGAGGCAGAGGCCUUUAAAGACAAUUAUGGGAUGGAGAUCCCCGUGAAGACCUUAGCCGAGAAGGUCGCAAUGCAUAUGCAGAACUACACUUUAUAUUCUUCUUUAAGGCCUUUCGGCUGUUCAUUAUUAGUUGGGGGAUACGACCAUCGCGGCUAUUCUUUGCAUUAUAUAGAGCCGUCCGGCACCACUUACGGAUACAUGGCUAAUGGGAUUGGAAAGGGGAAACAAAUCUGUAAGAACGAGCUUGAGAAAAUCAAUUUCAGUCAGAUCACAUGCAAAGAAGCUAUUGCGAAAAUAGUGAAAAUACUCGAUUUGUGCCAUGGAGAGUGGAAGGACAAACCAUAUGUAUUGGACUUGUGCUGGGUCUCUGACGAGACUAAACAUGUCGUUAAAAGAGUGUCGCAAGAACAAAAGGAAAAGAUCCUUGCUGAGUUCGGGGAGAAAAAGAUGGAGGAGGAAGUCAAGAACUAA